UUAAGCUAAUUCUCACUCUGAUUCUACCUGCAGUUUUGCUACUGCUCUUGAAGAAAUGGAGAAAUAGCAAGCCAAGCCAUAAAUUGCCACCCGGCCCGAAAACUCUUCCGAUAAUCGGAAACCUCCACCAAAUGAGCAGCCCCACCUGCCGUUGCCUGACAGAUAUGGCGAAGCAGUACGGCCCCAUAGUGACCCUCAAGCUCUGCGACAACAGCGCCGUCGUCGUCUCGUCGCCCGACCUCGCGAGGCAGAUGCUCAAGGACCUCGACCCCACCUUCGCGGACAAGCCCUCGGUCGUGGCGGCCGAGAUCAUGUUCUACCGCUCCAGCGGCAUCGUCUUCUGCCCCUACGGCGACUACUGGCGCCAGAUGCGGAAGCUCUGCGUCAUCGAGCUUCUGAGCCCGAAAAUGGUGAGAUUGUUCCAAGCCAUUCGGAAUGAUCAGAUCGGGCGGCUGAUCAAGUCCCUGCGCGAAUCCUCUGGAAGCGUCGUCAAUUUCACGGAGAUGAUCUUGUACAAUUCCAACUCCAUCAUCUGCCGCGCUGCGUGCGGCGGCGUGGUGAAGGAUAACGAGACGCUGAUGAGGCUCAUGCUCGAGUCCACCAAGGUGUUCACCAAGUUUGAGAUCGCGGAUAUGUUCCCGUCGUCUAAACUUGCGAGCGCACUGAGCUGGACGAAGCCACGCCUCUAUGAGAUGCGGGACAAGCUGGAUGUGAUCAUGGAUGAGAUCAUCGAGCGGCAUAGGAGGAAUCGGGUGGAGAAUGGAUCGGGGAAUAAUUCGGAGUUUGGGAGUGAGGAUUUGGUGGAUGUGUUUCUUAGGGUUCAGGAGGAAGGGAAUCUCAAUUUUCCUAUCACCAAUGACAGCAUCAAGGCUACGUUGUAUGAUAUUUUCAUUGGUGGAACCGAGACUUCGUCAACAACUAUUGACUGGGCGAUGGUAGAGCUCUUGAGGCACCCUGAAGCCAUGGCGAAGGCACAAGCGGAAGUGAGACGAGUCUUGAAUGAAAAUAAUGAUGGAUCACAUACUUUCAAAUAUUUAAAAUAUGUGAUCAAAGAGACUCUGAGGCUGCACCCGCCGGCUCCAGUUCUACCUAGAGCUUGCACGGACGAGCAAGUGAUCAAUGGGUACACCAUACCUGAAGGGCAAAAGGUGCUUUUUAAUAUUUGGGCAAUGCAUAGGGACCCGGAAUAUUGGGAAGAUCCUGAGAAGUUUGAGCCCGAGAGAUUCGAGAAUAUAUCCGUGGAUUUUCUUGGUGGUGAUCAUCAGUUUUUGCCCUUUGGAGGGGGAAAAAGAAUGUGCCCUGGGAUUACGUUCGGUACGACUACUGUGGAGUCGGUUUUAGCACAAAUGCUCUACAACUUUGAUUGGAAACUUCCGGCCGGCGUUAGGGCUCAAGAUUUAAACAUGAUUGAAAGCAAUGGGAUAACAGCCGCACGGAAAGACAAUUUGUUUGUAGUUGCCACUCCGUAUAAGUAGUUGAUAUAACCAACUAUCGAUUUUCCCAUAUAAUACUACUCUUCCUAACUUUUGGUUCUUCAUAAGUUACAAUAUAGUGUCCUCUUAAAUAAGAGAAACAUUGUUCAUGAUAACAUUACAAUACUUUUAUAAAAUUUAUCACCAUUUCUAAUAA